AUGCUUAUUCUUUCAUUUCUUCCAUUCAUCAUAUCUAUUGCAACUACAGAAUCAACACCUACCAAGUCAAUACCAUCAUCAUUUUAUGUUAUUCCACUAGGUACAACUGGUGGUCUUGAAGAAAAUAAUCUAUCAGCUUAUUUAAUUACAUCAACAACGGAUAAUACUCCUAAUUCAGCAUAUAUAUCACUUGAUGGUGGUACUAUUCGUCAUGGACUUCAAAUUGCCGUUCAAAAAAAUUCUUUAUCAUCAGAUACUGAUGUUGAAACAUUUUUUCGUGAACAAAUCAAAGCUUAUUUAAUUUCACAUGCUCAUCUUGAUCAUAAUAGUGGAUUUCUUCUUAAUACUCCAAAUGAUAAAUCAGGAAAAUUUAUAAUUGGACUUAAUGAAACAAUUACUAUUAUUCAAGAUCAUUAUUUUAAUAAUCAAGCAUGGGCUGAUUUUGGUCCUGCAGGCCUUAAAACUUAUGAUUAUCAAAUAUUAGAUCCUUCAUCAACAAAUUCAGUUCCAAUAGCUAAUACUGAUUUGAAUGUACGAAUUUUUCGUUUAUGUCAUACUUGUCCAUAUCUUAGUUCAGCUUUUCUUAUAUCUCGUCGUGAUCAAUCUAAUGCUUCAGUACUUUAUUUAGGUGAUACAGGUCCAGAUGAUGUGGAAAAGAUAGUACAACCAGAUAAUACAACAUCUUUUCCUAGAUAUCUUGAUAAAAUGUGGAAAGAUAUAAAACCAUUGGUUAUUGCUGAUCAAUUAAAAGCAAUUUUUAUUGAAGUUUCAUAUCCAAGUGAACGCCCAGAUAAUUUAUUAUUCGGACAUUUAACACCAAAAUGGCUUUUAGAAGAACUUAAGAAAUUAAAUGCAUAUCAUUCAAUAGAAAAAGUUAAAAUUAUUGUAACACAUAUAAAACCAGAAAAAGGAGCACGAGAGAAAAUUAUUGAACAACUGAAAAAUAAUAGUAAUCAACAUUUUAAUUUUAUUUUUCCUCAACAAGGUGAAGCUAUAUGGCUUUAA